AUGUCGGAUGAGUGGCAGUUCUUAGUCGUGGACAUGUUGGGCAUUGACAAAUUAGACAGCGAUAGAGAUGCCGAGAUCCUGGCAGACAGCGAUAGUGAUGCCGAGAUCCCGGCGGACAGCGAUAGUGAUGCCGAGAUCAUGGCAGACGGCGAUAGUGAGGUCAAGAACCUGGCAGAGGAAUUUUGGCGCAGGGGCCUCUGUUCAGAGCCGCCGUCUGUUUUGGUGAGACGACAAAAGAGGAAACCGGAUUGUCAUGCGAAAGUGAAUGGGAGAUUCGCGCUCUUCGACGCGCUCAAUGCAGAAGCGCAAAAGAUGAAAGAAAAUAACCUCAAAAAGCUGAUGAUCUACUACAAAGGCCAUGGCGCAUCCACUGUCCAGGAAUACACCGUGUGUCCUGAUGCUGCCCUUGUUCUGGAAGACCAAGUUGUAGACGCCGUGGAACGGCACAAGCUGGAGUACGCAUGUGUCAUUGUGUUUGUGGACUCCUGCAGAGUUAAGUGGCGAGACAAGGACGACAAGGAGUGCCCGGCAUAUUCCCGACCCAAAGUUGUUCCCGGCAAAACUAACACAUAUAUCUUCGUCUACUUCUGCGAGCUGUACUAUCCUCUGCGAGAUUCCAGUGUCGUGCCAAAGGCACUGAUGCAUAUGAUACAAGCUCAAAGCGACUGUACGAUUGGUGAUUUCUUGGAGAGGAUGAGCCAGCUGCUUCUCAAGCUCACCUUGGGGCGGAUCGACAUGAAGUGGCUAGUCCUGUCUGCAUCAGAUGCUUUAGGGUGGCAUUUUUUCCCGACUGGGUACCAGAGUCCUUUCGAUCGCGAGGAGGUCGUUGUGAUGCCGCAGGAGCACUAUGACGCCUUGACCGACAAUUUGUGCGUGUGGGGAUGUUUGGAUCGCAUGGUUGAUGAUGUAUUUAGCCUUCCAGAGAUGCUGCACGAUGCCGAAGUGAUGUCGCACAUGAUUUCGGAGCUUCGAUCCAUAGCAGACAUAUUUUUCGCAAAAAAAGAUCUGGUCCGUGUUGACUGGAGGCAAGAGAUUUACGUGGCUAUGUGCAGAUCAUUGGGAGAAGUCAGAGUGACACUCGAGAAUGUGGCCCAGGACCCCGGCUCAAGCCAUUCAGAUUCUCGAUUACCAGAUCCAUUUUACAAAUGUCUGGUAAAGGCGCGGAAGCAGGGCUACCGCAAACUACAGAGGGAGAAUCUGCAUCACAUGGAUCAUAUCAAGGAGGUCGUGAACAAAUUGGGAAGCUACGUCGACCAGGUACCACCGGACGCAAGAGAUAAGCUUGAGAUCCAAGAGAUGUGCAGAGUAUACACAGAUACGAAAGGCAAAGAACAUGUGGAAAUUCAUGCGCUGUAUCUCUUUCGCAUGGAGGACGGCAUUGCAUCUGAAAUAUUAAAGGCACAGCCCCGCCUCCGCCUGAGAAGGGUUGAGGACGAGAAGGUCGUGAAGUGGGGUAGCAGAUUCUACCUCGGCCCCGGAGCUGCGUGCCUCUGCAGGACCUUCAGCAUUCACAGCCAGCUGGAGCGCGGGGCUGCUGAAGUUGUUACACGAGCGCACCUCCAAUCGGCAACAGGAGCGGGAGGAUUGGACACAAGCUGUUUGCGGGAGAGAGAUUCGGGUGCUGAGUGCGAUUGGGACAUAUGCCAAAAGUGCCGUCUCACCGGACAUAUGCCUUCGACAUGCUCACGCGGAUCAGGAUGUGGCCCACAGGACUCUGAGGCAAAGUAG